GACUAUAUAAUAAUUUCACGAUUCUGUUUAUCAAACCAAAAAACGCAGGGCAUCUUGACACCAAAAUCCUUGUCAUCGCUGUCCUUUUUUGCUUCUUCUCAACUCAGCUCAACUCGCCUCUACGCUCAAAUCUACUUUCGCUUGCAGUUCCCUUCGUUAUUAAGCAAUUAUUGUAUAUAUUUAUUUAUCUAAAUCCACUGCUUUUUUGUACUCUCUGUUUGUCGGUAAAGAGUUGAAACGGCUACUGCAAUUCAUUUAACGAAGAGAAGCUUUUGUUUCGUUGAGAAAUAAUCCAAACGCUUUUUUUCUGAGUUCGUUGAUUUCUUUUUUGUUUGGAUCAAACUCAAAAUUCAAAAUUCUUCGCUCUCAAAAUUCAUAGAUCUUUUCUUUUCUUUCCUUUUCUUUUUCACUUUUAAGAUCUUCACGUAGAAAUGCAGCAUCAACAAGGAGAAGCUUCUCCUAGGCGUCGAAGUUCCGCUUAUCUCAACGCGCUCUCACUAGAAAUCGAGAAAAGACUUCAGCGGAAACGCAGCUCAUUACAAGAAUUAUUCGCGGAUCUAGCUUUGGAAAUCGAUGAUCGAGCCAAAGAUAUAAUUCUAAGUAGAGAAGAUCUAAUAUCGUCUCCGGAGUACAGUGUUAAUGAUCGGUUAUGCUUUUAUGAUGUCCUUGCUAAUUACUAUGUUCGAGUGCCCCUUCGUGGAAAACCUAUCCUUGAUUUGAUUGUGCAAGUAUGGAGCCAAUCAUUUGCAUCUCACACUUUCGCCCUUUUAUUCCAUAAAUGGUUGUUUGAAGUUGAACUGGAUCAUGCAGAUGUACUACUUCGUUAUUCCUCUGCACUUGUUCAGGGCGCAACAAAUGUUCUCUGGAUUGAUAUCCAAUCAAAUGCCAGGUGUUUCCAGUCUCUCUUUAAGUACCUUCUCGAUGAAGUUGCAUUGGAGCCUACACGGUUAAAUAAAAUUCCAGUACAGGCCCAAAGGGAUCUUUACCUUUUACUUUCGAGGUUCAUAUUCUUUUAUAACGCAGUUGAAAAACUUGAAAGCUUCUUGAAGCUAUGCCCCACAUUUCCAAAUGCUAUAUUGGUUGGAGGACCAGCAGAUAUAUUUGUGACUGAAGUAGCUGACCAGCUUCAAAAAUUAAAAGUGGAGCCAGUCCUGCUGCAUUAUCUUGUUCAGAUUAAAGUUCUUGGGGGAAUGCAACUGAGAGUUGCAACAAGUACGAGGUUGAGGACUUGUUUGUAUAACUUUACCUCACCCGGUGGCCCAAUGUAUCCUACAAGGGCCGUGCGUCAUGCAGCUUGGGAUGCCUUGGAUUUACUGUUUCCUGUUGGACGUUACCCUCGACAUCUUAUAAACAUGUUCUUUAGAUUAUUAUAUCCCUGGUAUUGGCCAUCUUCAUGUUGGAACUUCAUAUUGUGUUACAUCAAGGCCAUGUUUUAUUGCUUGUUGAGGUUGAUCUUCUCUAGUUGGGGAAAGCUUAGAGAGCCUAAAAGAGCCUAAAUCCAUUACUUUUUAAUCUACUAAUUCAUUAUUGUGCAAUAGAAUCAAUAUGAAUUACGCUGUAUUGUAUAAUAAUGGAUAAAAAGUAAUUGAGGAAAGCUUAACCUAA